UCCAUCCAUCCAUCCAUCCAUCCAUCCAUCUUCCUCUCUUCCUCCUUUUCUUUCCCGACUUCCCGCCAAUUGACCCAUAAUUCGUGGAGAUUGAAACCCAAUGGAACGGAUCGCGUGUCGUUAGAUAUCCUGGUUCUUUCUCAGCUCAUCGUCCCCGCCAUCCCUGCGCAUUGCUUCCGAUCAUCAUCAAUCCACAUCUUCCGUCUUUCUCCAACCCUAAUCCUUCUGCCGUUUUCGAUCCUCCUUGCCCUCGCAAUUCUUGCCCAACCCUCGCAGACACCCCUGAUCCUAAGUUGUACGCGUUGCCAUUGAACCAUCCAAGUCCAUAAUUGUCCAUCUCAAUGCGGCCUCAACGGGAAUAUCACAUUGUCGUGUUGGGUGCUGGAGGAGUGGGAAAAAGUUGUCUUACUGCGCAAUUUGUGCAAAACGUUUGGAUUGAAAGCUAUGAUCCGACGAUUGAAGACUCUUAUCGCAAGCAUAUCGAGGUAGAUGGCCGACAAUGUAUUCUGGAAAUACUUGAUACAGCGGGGACAGAACAAUUUACGGCCAUGAGAGAACUAUAUAUGAAGCAAGGCCAGGGCUUUUUGCUUGUAUUCUCUAUCACUAGCAUGUCGUCUCUGAACGAGCUGUCCGAAUUACGAGAACAAAUUAUUCGCAUUAAAGACGACGAGAAAGUUCCCAUCGUCAUUGUGGGCAAUAAAUCGGAUUUGGAGGAAGACCGCGCAGUCCCACGUGCUCGUGCAUUUGCUCUUUCUCAGAGCUGGGGCAACGCUCCCUACUAUGAAACAUCGGCGCGUCGACGAGCCAAUGUUAAUGAGGUCUUCAUUGACCUGUGUCGACAGAUUAUACGGAAGGACCUCCAGGGAAGUUCGACCAGCGAUUAUGAUGCUGCCGCACGUAAACGCGAGGGUCAAACCCGACAAGACCGAAAGCGAGAGAGAAAACGACAAGUGCGGCGAAAGGGUCCUUGUGUCAUUCUCUAAACGCAUUCCCAAGGCACCAGAGAAUAUCCUUUAUCCUGCUCAACUACCCAUCGUUACCUCAUCU